AUGCCGUUCGGACUGAAGAAUGUCAGAGUCACCUACGAGAGGCUGAUGAACAAGUAUAUCAAUAAGACUUGCCGGACGCUGAGGACAUAUGGAAUAAAGCUGAACCCAAGCAAGUGUCUGUUCAACACGAAGAGUGGCCACUUCCUGGGCUACAUAGUCACCGAGCGAGGCAUCGAAGCCAAUCCGAGCAAGUGGGAUGCCGAGUGUGACCGGGCAUUGGAAGAACUCAAAGAAUAUCUAAAUUCCUUGCCUAUAUUAGCCAAGCCAAUUGUUGGUGAGUCACUCUGGAUCUACUUGUCAUUCAAUGAGCAUGUGGUCGAGUUGGCUCUAGUUAGGCAGAACGACCAAGAGCAGCAGCCUGUAUAUUUUUUGAGCCAUAUAUUAAAGGAUACUGAGUCCCGCUACACUGAUCUUGAAAAGUUGGCUUAUGCAUUAGUACUCGCUGCGUGGAGACUUCGCCCGUACUUCCUAGCGCACUCAAUAAUUGUGAUGACUAACAGCACUUUGGAAAGAGUCCUCCUCAAUCCGGAGGCAUCCAGAUGGCUGAUUAAGUGGACGACAAAACUUAGUAAGUUCGACAUUCAGUAUCAACCUCGAGCAACGAUCAAGGCUCAAGCCUUGGGCAGUGGAAUCAACAUAUUGCUUAUCUCACCGCGGGAGGACUGGAUGCAGCUGUCCGUUCGGUUGAACUAUCGAGUCACUAAUAACGAAGCAGAGUAUGAGGCGCUGAUAGCUGGCCUAUAUCUAAGGCUCUAUGCAAAGGCUUUCGAGAAGCUAAAGACCAACUUCCAGGAGGUUAUUAUACAGAAGAUCCCCCGAUCGGAGAACCAGGAGGUGGAUGAGUUAGCGAAACUAGCCAGUUCAUUGACGCCGAUCAUCAUAGGUCAGCCGAUUGAGCAGGUCUCACUUGUGGCGCACAUCGACUGGAUGGAGGGAAUAACUUUCCCGAACGAUUGGAGAAUAUCCCUGACAGAGUUCUUGCAGUCAGGAGCUGCACCUUCCGAUCCGGAAGAAGCUCGCUUGCUGAAGAAGAGGGUCGGAUGGUUCACCUUGGUGGGGGACCAACUUUACAAGUAG